AUGUCCUCUACGCAGUCUGCCUGGCUCCUCGGCUGGCCACUUCAGAUUUCGGCUGUAGGGGAUUGUGGAGGGGUUCCUGGUGAUGCGGCCCGCGCAGACGGUGAGCCUGGAACGCGCGGGGCGCGCCUGCGAGUGGAGGCUUCCGGCGGCUGCUUCCGCUGGAUCUCCCAAAGGCCGGACCUGGUGGCCUUGGAGGAGCCGCUGCCGGAGGAGUUGCCGCCGCGGCGAGCUGCCGAGGCCGAGGCAGAGGCCGCCUGCCAGGAGGCGCCCGCCCGCCGUUACGGUGCCGCGGCCAUCGCAGAGCUGCACUGUGAGCUGGUCAGGCAUGCUUGCACGUGGGACGCCAGUUCCUUGUGCAAGAGGAUCCAGGCACAGCUGGUGAUGGCUGCAGCUUGGCGUCAGCCAGUCGCAAUCAUUCGCAGCCUCGCGGAAAGCGUGGAGAAUGUCGAGAAGGUCCUGGUUUUAGCCCAGGAUAUUCAUUCAUCCGGGGUUGAACUCCGAUGUGAAGUUUACAUCGCCAACAUCCACAGAAUCGAGGUUGAGACUUCUGUGCGCCGAAUAAAUGUGGAUGAUGUGGAGACGCUCGGUGUCAAGGCCUACGACAAGCAGGGCAACGUUUUUUCGUCCCUGGAGGGUUUGCAGUCACUUCCCUGA